AUGUUGGAUGAAGAAGAUAUCUCUUUGUAUUCGGAUGAUUCUAUGUUCCGUACAGAUUUUAGUCCCCUCAAAGCCUCGUCUCCAGUAAAACCCAUAGAUAAGAAAACACCCUUGAAGAAGCAGAUAUUCGUUCCCAAAGUUCCCGAUGGAGGACUGCCAUUUACCCCUGGUAACAUCAGAAAGGCUGGUAGAGGUGUAGUUGGCUCAUCUAUAAGAGGGAGCCCUUUGAAGCAAGCUUUCAAUAACCUCAGUGAUACGUCAAUACACCAAAACGUCCGGAACUUUAUGAACAAAACGGUAGUCGAGCCUGACUCACCGUAUAUUGAAGAUAAUGAAGAGAAAACCGACCUUUUAAUCAGAGAAACCCACAAACUAAUCAAUGAUAUACCAAAAUCAAUGGGGAAUAAAGAGCUCGAAGAUCAUCAAAGUCUUUUGACUGAUUCGAUCCAUAGGUUAAUAAAGAAAUGCCAAAGCAUUUCAAUUGAAAAUGAGUCGUUAAAGAAUAACAAUGACCAGAUAAUCAUCACCCAAUUGAACGCCAAAGUCAAUGGGUUAACUAAGUCCAAUGAAAUGCACAAACAAGAGAUAGCAAAACAGAGUGAGGAAUUCAUAAAUAUGUUGAAUGAGAGCAACCAACUCAAGAGAGAGAACGAGUUGCUAAGGACCAAACUCAUCAAAUAUAAGAGCCUCUAUGAAGGCAAACUGAGACUAAGGGAGAGGUCUAGUGAUAAAGAAAAUGUGAGAUCAAAUCCUCCUCUCAUCUCAAAGAAAGUUUCCCCCAAGAAUUUAUCGGCUGGCAGCGAUCGAUUGGUUCAUUUGUACAAUGAUAUGGCUGAAAUUCUUAAUAAGGAGAAGCGGUCGAGACCCCCAUUGAAUGCAUAUCAUGAUGUUGGUAACAUCGAGCUGGUAUCAGCUGUCAAUGAUGGUAAAGAAGAAAGGGAUAUUGAUAUGGCUAACAUGGAGUCAAAUCUCUUGAAACAGUUUGAAGAUAUUGUGAAGCAACAUAAAUCUGAUCUUCGGCCUGAUGCUGACCACAAGAACAACAACAGCGCUUUAAACACUGUGCUCGAAAAUAACAACAAGCUCUACGAGAAGUUAAUUGGUAUUUUGGAAUCAUCUCCAGGUUUGGGAUCUAAAAGUCAGCCACAAAGCCAAAAAUCAGAGCCUUUGCUGAUACCGAAUCAGAACACACCAGGUGUAAAAAACAGCACAACGCCACCCGUGUCUCGUAGCGAAGGUGAAAUAGGUGUUUCCACUGCGCAACCGCUUAAAAAUGCAGCAGCACAGGAUGUAAUUUUACAAUGCUACUUGUGCUGCGAUAAGCUUCACAAUCAAUACAAGGACCCCAAAGAAGGUUCUGUCAUUUCAAGUUCCAAUCAUAACAUUCCCAGCAAAGUGCAAUCAACCAAAGAGAGGAGAAAAUGUGAGAGAUGUUCAACAAUAGCGAGUGAGACGUCUUUAGACCAAAAUAUUACUCCGGGCCCUUUAAGUAAUAACAACAAGCAAAGAAAUAAUUAUGCCUUUGAUUUGAUGGGAGAAUACAAAUGGACCCUCUAG